AUGUCUGAGCAAAAUGCUGCGACUAGCGCUGAUGGUAAAACUGGUACGGGAAUGAUCACGGAUCUUGAUGUAGCCUCUGAUCGUGCUUCGAUGGGCGAAGGCUCCAAGCAAAUUUACAGUGGGCAUAGUUGCAAAACAUGUACAUUAGCCGAUAGCAGCAGAAUGGUUCAAUGCGAUAACUGUGAUGAUUGGCACCAUUUCACGUGUGUAGGAGUCUCACAGCUGGUGCAAUACGAAGAUUGGUGUUGUAUCAAAUGCAGUUCUAUGAAGCUAAUAAAAGGAAAACAAAAGUAUACAGGAACAAAGCCGAAGCUGGUCAGGAAAAAUAGGAACAAAGAAGUAACAAAGAAGCCAGGUAAACCUCGAAAACGCAAAUCGAUCGAAGAGCAAUCGGAUGUGAAAAUCAACGGUAAAAAUGCGGAGUACCAGCUUCGCGCGAAAGAACAAGUCGGAAAUCACUCGAAAGCUGGAUCGGUUAAAUCUACUGUUUCCAAUUCAGUUAAAGCGCGGCUGGAACUUAAGCUUCGUAAGCUGGAGGCUGAACAAACUAUACUAGAUGAGAAGAGAAAGCUUCUAGAUGAACAACUGAGCGUUAUGGAGGAACUGGCUGAGCUGCAGAGCGAGCGGGGAAGCAAAAGCGUGCAUGAGGACUGCAAUUCUCGGGUUCACGACUGGCUGAGUAAGGAGUUUUCUGAAAAAAUGAACAUCUCUCAAAAUGAAAGCGAAUCAUCUGAAGCGAAUGAACUCGACGAAUCAGAAGAAACAAGCUCUUGCGAAGAAGAUGAAUCUGGAGACUCGACGGACGAAUCCGACCAGGAUGAAGCGGAUCUAGAACUAGCACGUAGCUUUUGUCCAAAGAAACGGUCCACCCCCAAAGACGAGGGUAACAAGCGAAUGAGCCGAGAGCACAAUUCCGCUACUAAGUGCAAACCAACAUCCUGUAUCUUGACUCGAAAUCAGUUAGCAGCUCGUCAGGUCGUUUCCAAGGAACUUCCUAUCUUUACCGGAAAUCCCGAGGAGUGGCCAAUGUUUCUCUCAACUUAUGAGAACACUACAUCAAUGUGCGGUUUUCGGGACGACGAAAAUAUGAUCCGCCUUCGAAACUGUCUGAAGGGAAAUGCGCUCACAUCGGUUCGAAGUUUUCUUCUUCACCCUUCUACUGUGGACAAAGCGAUGGCAGCUCUUAAAUUGCGGUUUGGUCAACCACACUCAAUCAUCAACGCCUUGAAGGAAAAAAUUCUUUGUAUACCGCCUUUGAAGCCAGAUGCAAUUGACAAACUUAUCGACUUCGCGUUGGCUGUGCAAAAUCUGUAUGCGACCAUCGGUGCAUGUGGGCAUAAAGAAUAUUUGCGGGACGUAUCCUUACUGCAGGAACUUGUAGCCAAACUUCCACCUUCUAUCAGAUUAGACUGGGCCAGGCAGUGUAGAAAUCUUCGAAAGGUGAAUUUAGCCGCUUUCAGUAAAUGGGUUUAUACGCUUGCUGAGGAUGCCUGUCUCGUCGUUGGGAAUACCGACAAGCAGCAGUUUCACGACCAAUAUGGGCCACACAAAGGAAAAGCCACAUUAAACGUGCACUCUGAAUUGGCGGGAUCCAGCCUACAAUAUGAGAAGUCGCCGAAACAGGAAGCACCAACUGGAGCACUUGAUAAUGAGAACACCGCGAGUUGCGCCAUCUGCCGAGGAGAAUGUCAAUCACUAGAAAGAUGCCAAAAAUUCCAGAAUUUAUCGUACGAUGAAAAAUGGGCAGCUGUACGUGAGUUCAAGGUAUGUCGAAAGUGCCUAAAAAAUCACAAGGGGGGAUGCAAUUAUCAACCAUGUGGUAGGGAUGGAUGUAUAUUUAAACACCAUCCGCUAUUACACAAAGUUCUUAAAGCGGAAUCACCAAUUACAUAUACACCAAACGGAGCCCAAUCAUGUAAUACCCACCGAACCCAACCAAAUUCAAGUCUUUUCCGUUAUGUGCCUGUUGUCCUGCACGGUAAACAAAAGAGCGUUGAAUGUUACGCGUUUCUCGAUGACGGAUCAGAAUUGACACUCAUUGACCAAGAGAUUGCUAAUGAACUAGAGCUCGCAGGUAUUCCACGUCCAUUAUGCCUUAAAUGGACUGGUGGCACUGAGCGAUACGAAGCUGAAUCACAAAGUGUAGACCUGUUCAUCUCCGGACAGAAUGGCAAACGGUAUCUCAUGGACGAUGUGCGCACUGUCCAAGAACUUCAGCUGCCCAGACAAACACUAGACGUUGAACGUCUUCAGAAUUUACAUCCUUAUCUUCGAGGUAUACCCGUGCAAUCUUAUCGUGAUGUCUGCCCACGCAUUCUGAUUGGUGUGAAACAUGCCAGUGUGUCGCUAGUACGUAAAAGCCGCGAGGGGCAACCAUCUCAACCCAUUGCAAUUAAAACCAACGUGGGUUGGAUCGUUUAUGGUGGAUCGUCGACGGAACAAUCGGUUACCAUGACACACUUUACCAAUCACGAAUGCUCAUGCGAUGGCAAUCAUGACGACGCUCUUAAUCGCACAAUGAAGGAAUACUUUAACUUAGACAGCUUAGGUGUCACGAGACCCGUAAAAGAUAUCCGUUCCAGAGAUGAUGAAUACGCCCUAAACCUUUUAAAUGAACUCACGCGUAUCAAUGGGCAACGUUUCGAAACUGGACUACUCUGGCGACAAGGUGCGAUUCGACUGCCAGACAGCAAGUCGAUGGCAUUGCAGCGCUUUAAAAGCUUGGAAAAACGCAUGGAAAGGGAUGAAAUACUAUCCCAUGCCUUGAACGAGAAGAUUGCGGAUUAUCGCGCAAAAGGAUAUAUACGCAAAUUGGAAAGUGAAGAAAUCAACCGAGUGCAUGAGCAUGUUUGGUAUUUGCCUGUGUUUCCCGUUACGAAUCCAAACAAACCAGGCAAGGUGAGGAUAGUCUGGGACGCGGCAGCAUGCAGUUAUGGUAUCUCUCUGAAUUCCGCACUGCUCACCGGUCCUGAUCUGCUGGUUUCUUUGAUAUCUGUUCUCUACAAAUUCCGUGAACGUCGAUUUGCCAUAUGUGGCGAUAUUUGUGAAAUGUUUCACCAAAUUCGUAUCCGUCGGGAGGACCAAAACUUUCAACGGUUUCUAUGGCGAGACGACUGUACGCAGAAGGAGCCAAGCGUUUUUGUUAUGCAGGUGAUGACGUUUGGGGCGUGUUGCUCACCCUGUAGCGCACAGUUUGUCAAAAACCACAACGCGGAGCGCUUUGCUAAAGACUAUCCAGAAGCUGUGAAUGCAAUCAUCAAAAGUACAUACGUCGACGACAUGUUAUGCAGCGUUGAUACAGAGGAUGAGGCCGUUCGUCUGGCGCAGGAAGUCUAUUUCGUUCACAAGCAAGGGGGAUUCGAAAUCAGAAAUUGGAUGUCAAAUUCCCCCCGCGUGUUGGCUGCUUUGAACGAAGAUCAGUGGACAGAAAAGAGCUUAGACUUAACUUCGGACUUAGCUACGGAAAAGGUUCUGGGAAUGUGGUGGUGCACUGCUUCUGAUUGCUUCACCUUCAAGAUCAAUUGGCACCGUUUCGAUGAAAACAUUCUCAAUGGGAGACGUCACCCUACAAAACGAGAAGUACUACGGACACUCAUGACCAUCUACGAUCCAAUAGGACUUAUUUCACAUUAUUUGAUGUUCCUGAAAGUGCUUUUGCAAGACAUAUGGCGGUCAUCUGUAGGAUGGGACGACGCAAUAGAAGAAACACAUAACAACAAGUGGCGCACAUGGCUCAAACUUCUUCCACAAGUAGAAAAUUUGAAAAUUCCAAGGUGCUAUUUACCAACCACGAUCGCAGGCGAUUUAAUAGAUGUCCAACUACAUACUUUUGUAGAUGCUAGCGAGUUGGGAAUGUCUGCGGUAGUUUACCUUCGAAUUGAAAGAGGGGCCAGAAUAGAAUGUUCAUUGGUCGGCUCAAAAACACGUGUCGCUCCUAUAAAAUAUCUCACGAUUCCAAGGUUAGAACUACAAGCAGCGGUAAUCGGUGCAAGGCUAGCUGAUUCUAUUGCCGGUAGUCUUUCCAUAAAGAUCUCCCGUCGAUUUUUCUGGAGUGACUCUCGAAACGUACUGUCCUGGCUCCGUGCGGAUCAUCGAAGAUACAGUCAAUUCGUUGCGGCUCGUGUGAGUGAAGUUCUUGAACUGACGGAGCUCAAAGACUGGCGGUGGGUUCCAACAAAACAAAAUGUUGCUGACGAAGGAACCAAAUGGCAACGGCAACCGAGUCUAACAAUUGAUAGUAGGUGGUUCAAUGCACCAACGUUUCUUCACCUACCGGAGACAGAAUGGGUCGUGACGCCGCUUGAAUUGAGAGUUACAGAGGAGGAGCUUCGUGUUACUGUUCAUGCCCACAUCAAAGGCAAAGAUCCGAUCUUGUUGGCGAAGGACUUCUCGUCCUGGAGACGCUUAAUUCGCGUUACAGCUUACGUGCUGCGCUUCAUAAAUAAUGUUCAUCGCAACCAGUUGACUAAAACCUCUAGCUACCUGUCUGGCGAUGAGAUAAAGCGCGCGGAAGAGUAUCAUUUCAGGCAAGCACAGAAAGAUGCGUAUCCAGCAGAAUUGUUUAUACUAAAAAUAGAGAAGGAAGAACAAGCAAAAAUUAGAAAAAUUCCUAGGAAUAGUUCAAUUUACGGAUUGAAUGCAGUUUUGGACCACAGUGGACUAAUAAGAAUGAAAGGAAGAGCUGGGGCGUGUCCCUAUCUGGAUGCAGAGGCUAUUAGUCCAAUUAUUCUCCCAUCGGAUCAUCAUAUAACCAAACUAGCUGUAAUUGACUUCCACGAAAAAUAUCAUCACCAGAAUCAGGAAGCGGUUAUCAACGAGGUCAAGCAACGGUUCUGUAUUCCACGACUAAGAAGACUCUACGGCCAGAUUCGAUCGAGCUGUCAACGUUGCAAGAUACGUGAUGCAAACCCGCAACCUCCAGCGAUGGCGGACCUACCUCCUUGCAGAUUAGCAACGUACGAUCGGCCCUUCACACAUACAGGUGUCGACUAUUUCGGUCCGAUGGAAGUAACAGUGGGACGAAGGGUAGAAAAAAGGUGGGGUGUCCUGCUAACGUGUCUUACUAUCCGAGCAGUACACCUGGAAAUAGCUAGCUCUCUCAACACAAGCUCCUGUAUUAUGGCUUUGAGAAACUUUGCCGUACGACGUGGAAUGCCUGCUGCAUUCUACAGCGAUCGAAGAACAAAUUUCAUUGGUAGUGAUCGGGAAUUAAAACGGCUUAUACAUGGUAUCGAUCAAACCCUCAUGGCAAAAGAGUUUACAACACCACAGACUACAUGGCACUUCAAUCCACCGGCGGCUCCCCAUAUGGGGGGGAGCUGGGAACGGCUGAUACGAUCGAUAAAGCGAAACCUAUCGGAGAUAAUGAAGGCCAGACGCCCAACUGAUGAAGAAUUACGGAAUGCACUCCUGGAAAUCGAAGGUGUUCUGAAUUCGCGCCCUCUGACGCACGUACCUGUGGAUAACGAAUCAGCACCAGCACUUACACCUAACCACUUCCUGUUAGGAUCCUCAGAUGGAUCUAAACCGUUGACAAUCUUGAACGUUAGUUCGAUUUCAUUACGACGUGGGUGGCAAACAUCGCAGGUCAUUGCUAAUCAAUUCUGGAAGAGAUGGCUUCGUGACUACUUACCCGAAAUAACGCGGCGCUCCAAAUGGUUUGAUAAAGUAAAACCAAUUGAAAUAGGCGACAUUGUUCUGAUCGUGGAUCCUGAUCAUCCCAGGAACUGCUGGCCCAAAGGACGAGUCAUUAAUACAGUCAACAAGGAUGGGCAGGUUCGAAGAGCUACGAUACAAACGGAACGAGGUAUUUAUGAACGACCAGCUGUUAAAUUGGCAGUUCUUGACGUAGGGUGCGUUGCGGAGUAG